AUGUCAAAAGCAUUAAGAGUAGAAACUUUUGGAAAGAAAGAACGAAUCAAAAAAAGUGUUGAUACAUCAAGAAGCUCAUCUUCAUCAGCAGAAGAAGGUAAAGAAAUUUUUAUAAACGAGAGCUCUGUAAGCCGACAGUGUUCGUUUUCGAUUAAGAAAUGUCAAUGUCCACUCAGUUUAUCAAAACCCACGCAAAGACGCAAAACGCUCAAUCAGUAG